CACGUUUCUUUUGUUAUAAUCUGAUGCAUGUGUCUUCAACAUCUAAAUGUACAAUCCUUCUUUUGGCCCUUAUUAAUCUUUUUCUCUCUACCGCCAACAUUGGUUUCUUGAUUCUAUGGUUUAAAAAAUCAUUAAAGUCAAUUGUGUGUGUGUGAGUACAACCGCAUCGCAACUAAAAUUAACAACAAAAACCGCAACCGAUAAACCGCAACCGCAAUAAAAACCAAUGGUGAGGUUUUCUGUUUUACAAAAACCGCACAUUUGUUGUGCGGUGCGGUUUUUAGUUUUCAAAAACCGCACCACACCGCAUAUAUUAUAUACAAUUUUUUUUAUUAAUUAUUAAUAUAUAUUAAAUAUUAAAAAUAAAAUAAGUUUCAUGGAUGAAAGCAAGAUAAAAUUUUAGAAGACAAAAGUGUUGGUUUCUGUUAUGUUUAAUUUUAGAAAAUGUUUGAACUCUUAAAAUCGUUUGAAUUCUAAAUUGCGGUUAAAAACCACACAAAUAACCACAUCAAAUCUAUGCGGUUAAUAACCGAAACUCAAAAAAAAAAAAAAAAAAAAAAACCGCACCGCACCGCAAAAAUUAUCGCAUCGAAACGCACCGCGCUCACCCCUAAAAGAAAGAUAAAAUUUUAAAAGAAACAUAAAAAUAAAUAUAAUUUUAUGUCCAUAAUUUUAUAUUUAUUUUUAUGUUUAAAAUGAGCGGUUUAAUUAGUUUGUUUUGAAAUGAAAUAGUUUCAAUAUAUUUGUUAUUAUCUUAAAUAGUAUAAAGAUUAAUUGUUAAAAAUAAUUUGUUGAAUAAAAGGCUUGGGUUGUGAAGGACGUAUUAUAAAACUGAAAUCAGGUUGUUGUUAAUGAUUACACAUGUGGACGAGAGAACAUAAUUUUUGAAUGAAAGGUGGUGUGGAGUUGCCGAUUUUUAUACACUAACGGUAUAUACUAUAUACUUUUGAGGAAAAGACAAAAAGUCAAUAUGGAUUUUGAACUAAAAAAUAAGUUGAAUUUAGAGAGGAUAGUUGACCUUACUAUUGGGUCCGUAUAUAAAAAGGUAACGUGUAUAUAUAUGAUAGUUUGGAUAUUAAAAAAACGAGUGGCAUGGAAAAUACGUAAAAUAUAUCUGGAAUUUACCUCUUUUUGGUUGAUCUGCCUCUAUAUAAACCCCAUCACCCUUUUGCCCUCCCACUAAAAGGCUCUUCUUCUCCAGCAACACCAAGCAUCCUACAUCCGAUAUUCUCCCUUCAUUAACCCAAUAAACCAAACAAAAUCAGAGAGAGAGAGAUAGAGAGGUGUAUUAAAUAUUAAUGAAGCUUUUCACUACUAUUUUUUAUUUAAUUAUGUUUCUAGCUUCUCUUUUAUCAUACUGUUUAUUCAAAAAAGAUAAAAGGAGGCACAAGCAAACAGCCAGGCUUCCUCCAGGUUCAAUGGGGUGGCCUUGCAUUGGUGAAACUCUCCAAAUGUAUUCACAAGACCCCAAUAUAUUUUUCGCCUCAAAGCAGAAAAGGUAUGGAGAUAUAUUCAAAACCCGAAUACUUGGGUACCCUUGUGUCAUGCUAGCAAGCCCUGAAGCAGCUCGUUUUGUGCUAGUGACUCACCCUCACUUAUUCAAACCCACAUACCCAAAAAGUAAAGAAAACUUAAUCGGACCUUCAGCCCUGUUUUUUCAUCAGGGGAAUUAUCAUGCUCGCAUGAGAAAGUUAGUUCAAACCUCAUUUUCUCCAGAAGCAUCUAGAAAGUUGAUCAAGGAUAUUGAAAAUAUCGCCAUUUCUAGCCUUGAAUCAUGGUCAAACGGUCAAGUCAUUAACACCUUCCUCCAGAUGAAAAAGUUUGCUUUUGAGGUAGGAGUUUUGUCAAUCUUUGGUCAGUUGGAGAAGAAAUAUACACAAGAGUUGAAGGAGAAUUAUAGCAUAUUAGAAAAAGGUUACAAUUGUUUCCCAACAAGCCUUCCAGGAACCGCAUAUCAUAAAGCUUUAAUGGCAAGAAGAAGACUGAAUCGGAUUAUUGGUGAGAUUGUCCAAGAAAGGAAGGAGAAGAAAUGGGUAGCAAGCAAUCUCUUGGGACAACUCUUGAACUUCAGGGACGAAAUGGGAAAUACAUUAAGUGAUGAACAAAUAGCAGAUAAUAUUAUCGGGGUACUUUUUGCAGCUCAAGAUACAACUGCUAGUGUCCUAACAUGGAUACUCAAAUAUCUUCACGAUGAUCCAAAACUUCUAGAUUUUGUUAAGAAUGAGAAUGAACUUACUGAAGAAUUUCUACUGGUGGAAUACAUAAUGGCAGGCAGAGCAGAAGGCACUAUGUGAAUCUGAAAAUGGAGAGGAACGGGGGUUGACUUGGUCAAAGACAAGACAAAUGCCUCUAACAUAUAGAGUAAUACUAGAGACUCUGAGGAAGGCAAGUAUUAUAUCUUUUACUUUUAGGGAGGCGACAGUUGAUGUUGAAUACGAAGGAUAUCUUAUCCCAAAAGGUUGGAAAGUGAUGCCGUUGUUCCGGAACAUUCAUCACAAUCCUGAAUUUUUCACGGAUCCUGGAAUAUUUGAUCCCUUUAGAUUUGAGAAUCCUCCAAAACCUAAUACAUACAUGCCAUUUGGCAAUGGAAUACAUGCAUGUCCAGGAAAUGAACUUGCAAAAGUUGAGAUGCUUGUUUUACUUCACCACAUGCUUACAAAGUAUAGAUGGGAAUUGGUGGGUUCAACAAACUUUAUACAGUAUAGUCCAUUUCCAAUUCCAGAACACGGGCUUCAAGCUAGAUUCAAGAAAGAAAUUUGACAGUUAAUAAUGUCUAGUGCAUACUGCAUGCCCUACUUUUUUACAGGGCUUAGCUACAUGUAUUUAAUACUUUCUGUAUAUCACAUUUGUA